CGAAGCUAUUUACUUCUAUCAGUGAGCUAACCUUUACAACACCAAGAGGAGACGUCAAUGUCUUUAAAUGCAAUAAUGGCAGUUACAGAUCUUGGAGUUUCAUUGUUUACAACUUCACUUGCUUUUCACCAUUCACGACCAUUCAUGUAUCAACCACGGAACUUAUCUCUUCAAACAUUAAGACCAGGGACCAUGCGUACUAAAUUAUCCAUCAAGUCCAUUUCUCUUCCUGACCAGGUCCCUAAUCAAACUAAUUUGAGGAAGAAAAGUUUGGAGCAACUUAAAAGAAGCAGCCAAGAAGCAUUACUAAAUACAAGUGAUUCAUUGAGAACAUUGAAGACGAUUGAUACUAUCCAAAGGUUGGGAAUUGAGCACCAUUUCAAAGAAGAGAUCAACUUACAACUUGGAAGGCUAACGAAUUGGGAACCUGUUGAAAACCUUUUUGCCACAGCCCUUCAAUUUCGCUUAUUGAGACAUAAUGGCUGGCCUACCCGUUCUGAUGUUUUCAAUAAAUUUUUGGACAAAAGUGGAAAUUUCAAGGAAUCAGUCACCAAAGACAUUUGGGGCAUGUUAAGUUUGUAUGAGUCAUCAUAUUUAGGUACAAAAGAUGAAGAAGUACUACAACAGGCCAUGGACUUCUCAAGGGCUCAUUUGCAUCGGUCACUCCCAUACCUAAGUCUUGAAGUAAAAAAUAUUGUAGGUGGAGCCUUAAUGCUUCCAAGGCACCUACGAAUGGCUAGGUUAGAAGCCAAAAACUACAUGGUCGAAUGUAGGAAAACAAGCAGCCAAAUACCAGAUCUUCUAAAGUUGGCAAGGCUUGACUUUGACAUUAGUCAAUCGAUGCACCAAAAAGAAUUAGCAGAGAUAUCAAGGUGGUGGAAAAACUUGGGACUUGUUGAAAGUAUUGGUUUUGGCAGAGAUAAACCAGGAGAGUGUUUUCUCUGGGUGUUAGGGAUUUUACCAGAGCCAUGCUAUUCAAAUUGCCGCAUUGAACUUGCAAAAGCAAUAUCUGUUUUGCAAGUUAUGGAUGAUAUGUUCGACACUCAUGGAAAGUUAGAUGAACUUGUUCCUUUUACCAUGGCAAUCAGAAGGUGGGAUCUUGAUGCGAUGGAGCAACUACCCGAAUAUAUGAAGAUAUGCUAUAUGGCAUUGUACAACACCAUCCAUGAAAUUGCAUACAGAAUUCAGAAAGAGCACGGGAAAACUGUUAUUACUUGCAUAAAAAGAACAUGGAUAGACAUAUUUGAAGCCUAUUUAAAAGAAGCCAAAUGGUUCAACAAUAAGUAUGUCCCAACUUUUAGGGAAUAUUUGGAUAAUGGAGUGAUUUCUUCAGCGUCAUUUAUGGCCUUAGUGCAUUCAACUUUACUUAUUGGAGACAACCUUUCAGAGAAAACCAUUUCCAUGAUGAUCCCAUAUCCGAGGAUCUUCUCUUGCUCUGGGGAAAUUCUUAGGCUUUGGGACGACUUAGGAACCUCAAGGGAUGAACAGAAAAGAGGAGAUAAUGCUUGCAGCAUACAAUGUCUCAUGGCAGAAAAUAAUAUUUCUGAUGAAAAUGUUGCUAGGAAACAUAUAAGAAAGCUCAUAGGGAACUUAUGGUUAGAGCUAAACGGUCUUGCCUUGACCACAACUGAUUUUCCUUUGUCAGUUGCGAGGACUUCUCUCAACAUGGCUAGAGCAGCUCAAGCUAUUUAUCAGCAUGGAGAUGAUCAAAGUUCACUUACAGUUGAUGACCAAGUGCAGGCAUUGCUCUUUACACCCUCUGCCAACUAUUAGGAUGAAAGUAAUGUUAAUUAUGCGCUAUAUGACUCGAAUUCACAAAUAUUGAAGUUCUCAUCAAUAAUAGUGGUGGGUAGGGGUUCAUUCCAUCCACCAAAAAACAUGUCGAUAAAAAUAGUAGUGUUUUGUUAAAACUAUAGUGAGAAGAAAAACCUCCAAUAGAUAUUUAGAGGGGAAAAAAAACAUGUAUAAAACUAAAGGCCAAGAAAAAAAUUGCAUUAAUAAAAAUAAUGGAU